CUCAUUAUUUCAAAUGCCCGGCUAGAGCCGUCUUAGAGCUACGUCGUGGGCCCGUCAUUGGAAAAUUUGCCAUGAACAAACCGACAUUAAAAGAUGGAGGCACGGCACGGCAGCGCAGGGGGUAGGACGAGAACGCGUAUCUGAACUCAUCCGUGCAAUGCAAUCAGAAUUUCAGCCUCAGAAAUAUAUUAUAUAAUACACGACUCUCGGCCCCAUAUGCGUUAACCGGUAUCGUCGUGUUCUUCUUGUUCCAUUUUUGGUGACUGAGAUGGAAGCAACUUUGUGUAAUCUGCCCUUGUGCGGAACUCAUCACUUUUCUUCCAAUUUAAUGGAAACUCAAGCUGGAAAGUUCAUGUUCGAAGUGAAGCUUCCUCAAUCUUUGAGGUCCAGGUCAUUUCGUCUUCAGUGGGGUCGUUCUUCGAAGCUAGAGUCGCGAUCCAGAUCGAGCAUUCGAGUAUUGGCUUCCAGCUCGAACUCUGUGUAUGAAUCUUCGGUGUCGUCAAAAAUUGAGAAAGAGGAUGAUGGAGGUCUUGUUUGCCCUCCUGGCUAUCGGCCCACGCCUGCUAAUCGCGAGCUGCGGACUCCUCACAGCGGGUAUCACUUUGAUGGGAGUACUCGGAAAUUCUUUGAAGGUUGGUACUUCAAGGUAUCAAUUCCACAGAAGAGGCAGAGUUUCUGCUUCAUGUACUCGGUUGAGAACCCUGCAUUUCCUAAGAAAUUAACAACACUAGAAAUUGCACAAAAUGGACCUCGAUAUACAGGAGUUGGAGCACAAAUUCUUGGUGCUUAUGACAAAUACAUAUGUCAAUACUCUGAAGAGUCUCAAAACUUUUGGGGAAGUAGGCAUGAGCUGAGUCUGGGCAACAGUUUUGCAACUAAAGGAGGGUUUAAGCCUCCAAACAAGGAAGUUCCUCCGGAGGAAUUCCAUACAAAGAUAGUGGAAGGUUUUCAAGUGACUCCGCUUUGGCAUCAAGGAUUUAUUCGUGAUGAUGGCAGGACAAACUAUUUGGAAACUGUAAAAACUGCUCGUUGGGAAUACAGUACCCGCCCAGUUUAUGGCUGGGGAAAUGUUGGAUCUAAGCAGAAGUCAACAGCUGGCUGGCUUGCUGCCUUUCCCGUAUUUGAACCUCAUUGGCAAAUAUGCAUGGCAGGCGGGUUAUCAACAGGUUGGAUUGAGUGGGAUGAUGAAAGGUUUGAGUUUGUAAAUGCCCCUUCUUACAGUGAAAAGAAUUGGGGUGGAGCAUUUCCCAGAAAAUGGUUUUGGGUCCAGUGUAAUAUUUUUGAAGGUGCUCAGGGAGAAGUUGCUCUUACUGUUGGUGGAGGGUUGAGACAACUUCCUGGAUUGACAGAAACCUUUGAAAAUGCUGCAUUGGUUGGAAUCCACUAUGAUGGAAUCUUUUAUGAAUUCGUGCCAUGGAAUGGAACUAUUAACUGGGAAAUAAGUCCUUGGGGCCAUUGGCAUGUUGCUGCGGAAAAUGAAACCCACAAGGUUGAAUUAGAAGCCAAAACAGACGAGCCUGGUUCACCCUUGCGUGCUCCUACAUCAGAAUGCGGCCUUGCCCCAGCUUGCAAAGAUACUUGUUUUGGUAUCUUAAAAUUGCAAAUGUGGGAACGAAGAUUUGAUGGCAGCAAAGGCAAGAUUGUAUUGGAUGUUACAAGUAACAUGGCAGCAUUGGAAGUUGGAGGAGGACCUUGGUUUAAUCCUUGGAAGGGAGAGACUACCACACCAGAGAUCCUCAAGCGUGCUCUUACAGCACCAAUUGAUGUGGAUCAAGCUUUUGACUUGCUUCCACUUUUCAAGCCUCCUGGCUUGUAGUCUGUUGAUCACUGAAUACAGUGGCUGCAGAAGGAAUGAAGUGAACCAUCGCGUUUGUGCUGGUUCGGGCAUCCUUCGUAACAUAUAGUUUUGUCCUCAUACUUCAAAAAGUUUCCCCAAACGACCGGCAGGUUAGAGCCACUUCUCUGUGAAUGGGAUCAGUUCACUUUUCGUUAAAACACAAGUGAAAUUAUUUUGAUUACAAACCCUAACAGAUUGCGAAGUAUCGAUAUUGUGGGGAUCAAGUGGUUUUUUGGAGAAAUAGUAUGCAGAAUAGUUUUAUAAAAUUUUCUACAGAAGUGCUUUAGAAUUGAUCAUAUUUAUUUGUUGUUUGGUUAAGUUAUUUCAAUUUUUGUUAGUACAAACAAGUGGGAUUCGAACUUACCAUUUUUGGAUAGGAAAUAGGUGAUGCGCAUUAAUUCAGUUGUUUGUUCUGUCUU